GACUGCGGGCUUGACGGGCGCGAGACGAGACGGCGGCGGGACUCACGACCCCCCGGGGACGUCGUCGCCGUUGCGGGCGACUCCGGCGGCAGCCUCGCUACGCGAGGCGAGAGCCCGACUCGGCGCGAGUCCGGCCGGAGUGCGAUAACGGGCCUCGAGAUCCUGCUUGCGAACCAGGGGAAUGUGAAACGACACCGAGUGUCGCCCGAGAUAACAGGACGACGUUAAAUCGAGUUGCGUGUUCACUGUGCCGCGGGGGAGGGCAGGGAAGCACCGAACCGAACGUUUGCCAUUGGAGAGAAUCCCCCCUCCAGUGCCCGCCAGCGUGUGAGCGAAACUCGCUAUCGGUGAACGAUUCAUUGGAAGAAAAUGUGUAAUGUCAGAGUGAUACAAUAUAGAGACAUAGGUGGCCACUACGGAGCGAUCGAUUACAACAGACUAUUGUGUAUCUCGCUUAGUUGAUGUACGGAACGUUGCCUUAGAAGUUUGUGUAGCGCUUUUAUUGCAUAUCCUUAGUCACGUCUCUGUUGGAAAUUAUCCGGUGUUCACAAAACCGCAAAAUUUAAUGAGGCUGCAGGUGCCUCAAAAGAGGGGAAACUUUCUUUUGAGAAGGUACAGCGUUCUACGAUUGACUGCAACGAACAAUGAACCAUUCGGGAAGCGGAAAACGCCAGGCGAAGGUUUUGGAAGAAAAUUAUUGGGACUGCAGUGUCUGCACUUAUAGGAAUACAGCGGAAGCAUUUAAGUGCCUCAUGUGUGACGUCCGCAAAGGAACCUCUACGCGGAAACCCCGCAUAAACCCUCAAUUGGUAGCUCAACAGGUUGCGCAGCAACAAUAUGUACCGCUUCUGAAACCAGGCAAGAAAGAAGGGAGUGGCGGUAGCACGACCAGCGGCGUCAAGGAGAAGGAGCGCAAACUGGAUAAGCUGAGGCGUAAAAACAGGCAUCCGCCGCGUCUGAAAAAUAUCGACCGUAGCACCGCGCAAUCCAACGAGGUAACGGUCAACAAUGUUACCGUCACUAUUACGGAGUAUAAGCCCAAGGUGAAGAAGGGCUCGGAUCAGUCGAGCAACGCGAGCUCCGAGGGCGGGAGCCAGCACGACUCGAACCAGGACUCGAGAAGCCUCGACGUAGGAACCGACGCCUAGUUUAAUGCUAAUGUUACAUAUGUGUGUAUGAAUUAUUCUAAUUAAUGUAUUGUAUGUAUGUCAACCUCUAUGGUCAACUGUACAUCCGUUAGACAAGCGUGACCACAUUGUUGACAGUCGUUCUUCUCUCGUUUGACUGCGCGCCGCAAGUGCGCAAGUUGUAUGACGAAAUCCGACGAGCUCGGGUAAUUUAUGACGUGUUAGCGGGGAUAUUAUUGACUGAACAUGACUCGUGUAUCAUCAUUCGAGGAAGGAAGAAUAGGAAUAUGUGUACAUUGUAUAUCACUGUUGUACUCGUUGCACAAAAUAUUCGGUAAUUUGCAUCGCUUCUCUACGCGUUCUUUGCGAGGAAAAGAAACAAUGUACUUAAAAAGACCGCUCACUUUACGGACGUCGUUCUUCUAUUCUGUAAUAUUUAUUAAAUUUUUUUAACAUGUCUAUCGACGUGACAUAUUCUGCGCUAGAUUUAAAAGGGGAAAGGAAGCAAACUGUAAAUAUCAGUGAAGCGCAAUUUUAUGAGCUAUUGUUGAUAAUUAUAUCUUCGAUUUUCAUUAAAUUUAUGAGACCACUGCCAGAAAGCGCGUCGUCAGGCGGUUAUUGUUUGGAAUUUGUUAGUAAGACUAGUAACAUACAACCGUAUAUGUAUAUCAUAUACAUAUAUAUAUAUAUAUAUCGAUUGCAUUAUUAACUUUCUCUUCAAUAAUUACCAACAUAACUGGCACUGGUACAUAUGUACAUCUUAUUCCGUUCUAAUUCGUUGAGAUGAAAAUUUUCUUGAAACAUUAAAAUACUUAAACGAUGAAAAAAGAUUCUACUGAUCUCUAUGAUUUACGAAUUUAUUCUGCACUUUUAAACUCAACUUUAAUUUAUAAUACGUCCAAAAACGUUUCAUCGCAAUUGUAUGUACAGAUCGAAUGUGAAUUUUCAGAUAUGUAAUAUACAUGUACUUCGCAUAUUUUAAUAUUCCAACAACGUUCUCUGGUAAAAAAAAAAGAUAAAAUUUCUUUUUCAGCAAACAAACGAGUUAAGACUGUAGAAUAAAAAGACGUAACACAUUUUUUGAAAAUGCAAAUAUGUAUACGCGUAAAAAAAAACUCGUUGAAGUUGA